AGACAGAUGUAUAUACUUUUGGACUCGGACAAUAUGGGCAGCUGGGACAUGGUACUUUUAUUUUUGAAACUUCAGUACCGAAGUCUGUGAAACACUUGAGGAGGCACAAAAUAUGUAACGUUACAUGUGGGGAAAAUCAUACUGCUGUAAUAGCAGAGAAUGGCCUUAUGUUUACUUUUGGAGAUGGGCGACAUGGCAAGUUAGGCCUUGGAGAAGAGAGUUUUACAAAUCAGUUUGAUCCCACUCUGUGUUGUAAUUUCUUGAGCUUCACGGUCCUUUUGGUUGCUUGUGGUGGUUGUCACAUGCUAGUUUUUGCUGCUCCAAGACCUAAAGGAUCUGAAGAAGUUCUCUUAGAAGAUUUAUAUGAGAGCCAUUUCACUGCUACUGUCUCUAAAAUGAGUGGAGACUCACUACUAACAAACACCUUACAACUAACAGCAGCACGAAUGCGACGUCGAGAGAGGGAAAAGUCACCAGAACAGUUUAUUCGAAUGGCACAGACUCUGCCUCCACUGGGAGAAAGCUUCUUAAGAUCUUCACUACCUGUGACUAGCAACACUAGCCCACUCAGUUUUUCUGCAACAAGUCUUCGUAAAGCUGAACCCAUGAAGGAUAGAAACCAUAAAAAAGAAAAGAAUAAUCAAAAAGAUAAACCUGGUGAAGGCUCUGCAGAAGAAGAUUCCGAUAAUGAAAAUAGUGACAGAAACCUUGGAGAUACAACUGACAUCCUAAAUAUGACACAUGCAAUGAAAUUGGAUCCCAGUGACCAGUCCUUAAAAUUAUCACCACUCCAAAAACAAAAGGAAAGUAGUAAUGAUCUUACAAAAUACGUACUUAAGAGUAAGGAAAAAGACGAGGACUACUAUGAAGGCAGAGAGGUCCAGAAAGCAAUGAAAACAGUAGAAAAAGUGAAAGAUUUGGACUUAGAAAAAGACGACAGUGAGACUGAGGAGAUGCAAGCUACAAACAAUGAGAAAGAAUAUAUAGAAGAGACUGAUAUAAAAAGCCUGAAUGAUGAAGAAACAAACUGUGAAGCUAAAUCCGAUGAUGACAGUCAGUUAGAGAUUAAGAAUGAGGAGGACUCUGAUCAAGAGCAGGAGAGUGAAGGCAGUGAAAAGGGUGAAAGUGAAAAAGAAAAACUAGAUGAAACAGUUAACAGUAAAAGUGAACUAGGAGAGGAAGAAGAAGAGAGUGAGGUUAAAAAAGAUGAAGCUUCAGUAGGAGGAGAUGAAGAGGAAAAAGAUAAUGAGGAAGAAAAUGAAAGAGAGGAAUCACAGGCUGAAAGAGACAGUGAGAAUGAGGGUGCAGAAGAGACUGAAGAGAUUAAUCAGGAAGAUGGCAAAGAACAAGGAGGUGAGGAAGGCAGGUUGAUGGAGGAAGAAGAAACGCUGAGUGAGGGAGAAAAGGAGGAUAAGGAGGAGGAGGAGUAUGCAAAAGAGGAAGAUACUGAAAAAGAAAAGGAAGAACAAGUGAAAAGUGAGGGAAGAGAUGAGAGUGAGGGAGGAGGUGAAGAUAAAGAGGAGGAGGAGGAGGAAGAAAAAGAGGUAGAGGCAGAAGGGGAAGGAGAAGAUGAAAAGGAAAAUGAAGAAAACAAAGAAAGGGAGACUGAAAAAGACAAAGAGGGUGAAGAGGAGGAGUUAGAAGAGUCAUUGGUAGGGAGGGAAGAAGCAGAGGUAUCUGAAGAAGAAGAGUUAUCCAAAGAAGAACAGGAAAAGGAAGAUUCAAAUAGGAAGCCUAUCGAGGUGGGAGAGGAUGGAGUGGAAGAAGAAGAAGAGGGGGAGGAUGAAGUAGAAGAGAAAAGAGUAGAGGGGGAGGAGGAAGAGGAAGGAGCAGAGGCAGAAGUAGGAGGGGAGGAAGGGGAAGAAGAUGAAAAUAAGGAAGAAGAGGAGUGGGAAAAUGAAGAAGAGGAGGAAGGAGGGGUGGAAGAAGAGGAGGAAGGAGGGGUGGAAGAGGAGGAGGAAGGAGGAGUGGAAGAGGAGGAGGAAGGAGGGGUGGAAGAGGAGGAGGAAGGAGGGGUGGAAGAAGAGGAGGAAGGAGGGGUGGAAGAAGAGGAGGGAGGAGGGGUGGAAGAAGAUGAGGCAGUAGGGGAGGAAGAAGAUGAGGGAGAAGGAGUGGAAGAAGAAGAGGGAAAUGAGGAAAAAGAGGGAAAAGGGGAAGAGGGAGAGGAGGAACAAGAAGGGGAAGAGGGAGAGGGGGAAGAAAGAGAAGAGGAGGAAGGGGAGGAAGAAGGGGAAGAGGAGGAGGAAGGGGAGGAAGAAGGAGAAGAGGAGGAGGAAGGGGAGGAAGAAGGAGAAGAGGGAGAAGAAGAAAAAGGGGAAGAGGGAGAGGAGGAACAAGAAGGGGAAGAGGGAGAGGGGGAAGAAGGAGAAGAGGAGGAAGGGGAUGAGGAAGAGGAGGCUGAGGGAGAGGAGGAAGAAGGAGAGGAAGAGGAAAAAGCAAAAAGUAAGAGAAAAAAUUACAGUAAUAAGCUUCCACAAAAGAAAAGCAAAACCAGGAAGCCGGAGAAGAUAGAAAGUACUGAUUUACCAAAGAGCUCUAAACAAAAAAUGAAAUCCAAACAGCAUGUAGCAAAUGGUUUACAGAAUUCAGAACAAUUUUGGAACAAUGUCCUACCUCAUUAUUUAACGCUGAAGUAG